UUUUAUUUAAAGCAAGGUACCAAGCCCCGGCAAUGAUGCUGGCUGGUAAAUCAGGCGGCGGGUCUGCAUCCCCCGGGGUUGGGGGAAGCCGGCUCAGACAAAAGGCUGUGGGCAGGGCAGCGGCCACCGCCCCGGGGUACCCCUACACCUCCGGUACCUGGUUUGGGGGUGCGGCCCGCCGAAGAGGGGGGUCACCCAGUCAGAGGGAUGUUAUUGAGUGGAAUCGGGGGAAAUGCGGGGAAAUGCGGCGGUGGGCGCCCGGCUCCCCAUUGGCCGGGCCGGUCACAUGCCCGCCUAACUUUAUUCAGUUGACAGCAAGUAGGAGGGCUCUAUGGCAGGGGAAAAAAAGACAACACGAGAAAAAUUAGUAUUUUCUACCUUCAGAAAUUAAUGGCCAUGAGUUCGUAUAUGGUGAACUCUAAGUAUGUGGAUCCCAAAUUUCCUCCUUGCGAGGAAUAUUUGCAGAAUAGCUACCUAGGCGAGCAGGGGGCCGAGUACUACAGUGCCUCGCAAGGCUCUGAUUUCCAGCACCAGGGACUCUAUCCACGGUCAAACUACAGCGAGCAACCCUUUAGCUGUAGCAAUGCCCAAGGCUCUGCCGGGCAGCCGCGGGGUCACGGACAGGAGCAAUCCGGCCCGGCAAGCCACUUCCCCGGCCCAGCAGAGCAUUGUCCACCGCCUCCAAUGUCCAACUCGCGAGCCUGCAGCCAGCAGCCGGCCCUCAAACCCCCAAACGGCUCCGCAGUUAAGCAGCCAGCAGUAGUUUAUCCCUGGAUGAAGAAAGUCCAUGUAAACUCGGUGAAUCCCAAUUACAACGGAGGGGAACCUAAACGCUCCCGCACAGCUUACACCAGACAGCAAGUCCUAGAACUGGAAAAAGAAUUUCAUUUUAACAGGUACCUGACCAGGCGCCGCCGUAUCGAGAUAGCCCACACUUUGUGUCUCUCUGAGCGCCAGAUCAAGAUCUGGUUUCAGAACAGAAGAAUGAAGUGGAAAAAAGAUCACAAACUGCCCAACACGAAGGGCAGGUCUUCUUCGUCUGGUUCAAACCCCCAUUUACAAACUGGUUCCAAGGACCAUCAGACUGACUUGACAACUUUGUAGAAGAGGUGAAAUUUUCCAUUUCAUCCUUCGCUUCUGACCAGUACUGUACAUAACUGACACUGCCCAAGCAGAACCUGCAUGUAGCAGCUAAGGACACGAGAAACUGUCAUCUUUCUUUAAGGUACUGUUGUACAAAGGAGACAAAAUGACGCUACUUUGGACUUUAUUUUAUUUGCCUCUUCUAGCACAACUUAAAAGAGGAAAACAAAAAAAGGGAAAAGAAAGAGAAAGGGGAAAGAAAAAAACCAAACCAUCACGCAGGCAGUGGGAAUUGGGAAAAUAUUAAAUGAGACCUUCUGUCCUUAAAAAGUAAUAAAUCAUUGAAAAUGAAACUGUCCUGUGUUUCAGUUUUGAAUUUGAAAGUGAAGAUUGGAUGCUUUAUUCUGGGAUUUAUACUUUUAAUUGUCUUUUUAUCCCAUGUAAUUUGGGCACGGAUGCAUUUUGGGCAAGCUGAGGACAGGAAAAUCAUAGUAUAGUCUUUUAUUUGAACAUAAAGACUAUUAAAUGUGAACUUUUUUUGUGCUGCUUUACCUUUCUUGGUGUGAUGAAAAUACUUGCUCAUUUCCAUAACGUCUCAGAAGGUGUGCAUAGGAAUUAAGUGAAAACGGGUUAUUUUAUGUUCUGAUAGUGUUAGCGUAUUUAUUUAUUUGUUACAUAGAAGAGUGAAGACAAAAAGAAAAAUAGUCAAACCAAAAACGGGGAAGAGGAGCUGAAAUACAGCAUUUCUCCUUCCCAAUCUCAUCAACACAUGUAAUGUUUACUUGUCUUGAACGUACACAACUUUCUUGUCCCCCCCCUUUUUUUUUAAUUAUUUUCCUCCUUUGUGAAUAGGAAAAGCGUCCCUGCUCCAUAUCGUGUGCCAUCCAGAGCUUACAGGCUUGAAAUCUGUUUCCAAAGUCUGCUACUCAGCGCUGUGCUUUUAACCAUCAAUACCUCAUUUUAAAAAUGGAAAGGGAAAAAAAAAAAGAAAAAAAAAGAGGGGAGACCACAAAAAACACCUCCCCCCCAAAAAAAACCCCAAACCCAAACCCCAACAAGCUCGAAACAAACAAUAGAACUACCACCGUCACCAAAAAAAAGUGAAAAGUUAAUGUGAUUUCUGAUAUAACCUGAGCCAUUCAAAGCUGGAAACUGAAUACAUUAUUUCAAGCAGAUUUCAAAUUUCUUUUCUGCUAAAGAGAGAUAGGCUAUGUUGGCUGCUGUCUUGUUUUGUUUUAGGUUUAUUUUGGUCUGUUGGAUUUUUGUGGUUUGGGUUUGUUUAGGUUUUUGGUGUUGUUGUUUUUUGUUUGUUUUAAGAACAGUGAUUGUUUUUAAGCAAACCACGACACAUGACUGCAACGGUUGGAAAGCUCAGCAAGCUGCUUUCAGGGAAAGAGGAAAGGCUUGCAUGGGAAUAGAGCUCGUCUAAUACUCACUGAUUUGGCUCUGACUGCUGGCUGCCAAAGUUUUAGUGCGCUGUAACUACGAAAGCCAACCAAACCAGCUCCCUCAGCCACUUACACCUCCGCUCAGGCGAUUUUAAAGCUCAGCCCUUAUCUCCUGUACCCUCAGGGCAGCCUGGGAGAGAAACCAUAUAGUCGAAAUUGUAACGAGGUGAUCCCUUUAUUAAAGAGAAAAGGGGUAAAGAAUGAAACUCAUAGCAAACACUGAAGGGAGGUGGAAAGAGCAGGGGCUGAGUUAACGUGCCCUCCUCUAGGCUGGGUGCUUCCCAUCGAGGACUCAAGGCUUUUGGGUUCACUCGGAAAAACAGCGGCCAAAAUGGGAUUAAAUGAAUUCGAAAAUAAAAAGCGAACUUUUCAACAAGGGUGUAUUCAGCAGUGUUAACUGUGGCCAGCAGUUAAUUUUUGCCUUUUUCUCGUUCCUAGAAGUCCGCAAAGUGUCUUUAAGACUUGGUCUUUUGUUUUAGAGCCUAGAGAAAACGCUUUGUUCUUCCUUAGGAUUAGCCCAGUUCUCAGACUUGCACAUGGCAAUACUUGAAUAUCUCCACGUCGUGAUAUUAAAGAUGGAUAUUCCCGCAUUAUUCGCAUCAUUGUUUCUAUGACAAAAAGCACCGAGUUCAUACAUAGUAAAGACGUCUUUUUUUCUGGCGCCUUCACGUUGAGAAGCUGAAAAGGUAUUUUACUGAAGUUCGGCUAAAUUGCAGGAACAGGUUCACCCAGAGGACAAAUUUUCUAUUCGAUUAGUUGUAUUUCAGCCGGGAAGAGUGACCUCUAAACCCUUAACCUUUUGGACCCAAAAUACCCUUCCCUUUCUCUAGUAUGGAGAGCAGCUAGCAGCAGCGCUUGAGGAGGGAAUUCCUGAGACAAGUUUUCAAGUUUUGUUACACCAGGUUCCUACGGUAGUGGCCUUUCCUCUCCAGAGCUGUUCAAAGCCAUCCUUUCACUCUUCAGACGAAUCUACGAAAAUAAAGGGGGGGAAAAAAGGGUGUGGAGAAGUAAAACCUCUCUAGCUGCUCUUCUUGAAAAUCCCCCUCCCGGACCCCCGCUGUUUACUUAAAGUCUGUGAUAAGUUGACUGGGAGCAGGGAAAAUGUGUUGUGUGUGUGAGAGAGACACCUACUUUGGCAUCAGUGGUACAGUUCUGGAAAAUAAUGGCCUUGGAUAAGCAAAUCCUUGCUUUGUGCUUCUGAUGGACCGAGAUGACUCCCGAAGUUAAAGGACCAACUUCUGCUCCCAGAUUACCUUCCCCCGCCCACUGAAGUCAAACAGGGAUGUAGCUGCGAGCAGAAUUUGUCUCAUUGUCUUUUGAAAUGUUAAUAACUCCGGGACGAGUGUUGGGUUCAGCAGGCACAGCUCUUACAACCCUGUUUGCAAGCACCCUUUGAGCGAGACCGGGGCACUAUAGGUUUACAUAGGUGUAAUUGCGCUGUAAGAUCGGAGAAUACUUGGAGGCAGAAAGUACCAAAAAGAAGUAGUUUUCAGCUGCCAAUGCUCUGAAGGGUCAGGAAUGUCUGUAAUAGCGACCAGGAGUACCCACUGGUCCUUAUCUCCGGUGCAAAACGAACCUGAGGUUUAUUUUUUAAUGGUUUAAACCCUUCUCCAGAGAUAUUUUGUGUAUGAAGCGAAGCCGGUUAUUUUUGUUCAUCAUGGGUGAACGUUGUGAAUUGGAGCCUUUGUUAAACGGUCGCAUUGUUCAGCAAAUAUUCUCAUCUCUGUUAAAGUGUGAUGCUUUUUAUAGACUUUGCUGAUGUUUUGCUGCCAUUGAUUAAAGCGUUAUUUAUACUAACUGUCGCCUGUAGUUUUGAUGUAAGACCUCCACAUAAUUUUGAAAUAAUAAAAGGUGUA